AUGGUAAUUGAUGUCCAGCCUUCUUGCUCAGCUCAUUUUACGACCAGUACAAAUGAAAAAGAAGAUGCUGAUAAGGACUCUUCAGGAAAUCCAGAAGACGGAAGCAACUCAAGUAAUGACUCUGUGGGUUCAGAGCAACAAAUUGAAAACAGUGCAGGCUCAGAAAAGCGUACUAAGGAGGAAGCCGUUUCAUCCUUAUCAAGUCAUUCCUCCACGAAAAACACAGCAGAACCUAAUCUGGAUAAGUUUACUGCACUCUACGAAAAAUACAACUCACAGUGCAACGAGUUAGAAAGAUUGGAAAAGGCAAAUUACGACAUUAAAGAGCAGUUGCAGAAAAUUAAGUGGGAACGUGAUAAUGCGCAGGAAAUGGAAUUUAGAGAUUUUCUCUCCCAGCGUGAGGGUUUGGAGCGUCGAUUAUUAGAUGUCGAAUUACAACUGAAGAUGGCUAUCCAGCGAGCACAGGCACGUGAACUACAUUAUGAGCAGAGCAUGAAACAAAGUGAAGGUAAAUGGAGUCAAAAAUUGGAGCAGGCAUUGAAAAAAUCAGAAGCGGCUGAAAAAGGCAAGAAUGAUGCAGUUUGUCGCUAUGCAGCUAGAGAGGCAGAAUUAAUGCGUUUGCAAGCAAAGUUAGAACAGAUUGAAGAACAAGAUCAUGGUUUUUUGCAGAACAAUAUGCUGUCUAUGGAGAAAGAAGCCUUAAAGAAGAGUACAGAGUUUGAGUGCUUAGAGAAUUUGAAGCAUUCAUUAGAAGAAGCAGAAAACCAACUAAAACUUGAAAAGGAGGCUAGUAAAGGACGUGAAGAAGACUAUAAAAUGACUGCUAAACAUUUAGAAGCCAGUCAAACAGUGCUUACUGAGUUACGAUCAUGCUUAGAGUCUGUGCAGUCUCAGUUAGCGCAAGAACAAGUCGAAAAAAGAAACUAUGAAGAAGAAUUAAAAAAAACGCAGACAGUGGAACAAAAGCUUGUCGAUGAAAUCAGUGCUGGCUUGAAAAAAACGAACGAUCAGGAAGAACUGUAUAAACAUGUUUGUAAUGAACUAUCAUCUCUCAGAUCUCGUAACGCAAUUCUUUCUCAAGAACUUGAUCAUGUUGUACAUGCAAAUGCUGAGUUGCAAACAGAAUCUCAACGCUUAUGUCAAGAGUUGACACAAACUCGUCACGCCCAUCAAGUCGCCUUAGAGAAAUUAGAAUCUCUCGAACAAGUGAGGCAGCAGUUAAAUAGCAGUUUGCACCGCAUUGAGCUGGCAGAGAAGGCGGCAGCGGAAGCAGUAACAGAGCGUAAUCAGGCGGAAGAGGAAGCGGCAGAAUGUCGGAAACAAGCUGAGCGGAUGCUUGAAAUCACUGAGCAGUUAACAGAUAAAAAUUGCUCAUUAACUUCACAGCAAGAAAUUCUGAAGAUAAAAGAUUUGGAAUUAAAUCAUCAGAUAAAAUCUUUGGAGACUGCAGUCUCUGGAUACGAAAAGCGUGUUACAGUUUUAAAUGAGGAAUUAGAAUUAUUGAAAGUUGAUAGUACAGCAGAAAUUGAGACACUGCGUCAGCAAAUUGAUUCAAAUGUUGCUGAAAACCAGCAACUGAAUGCAUUCAUCGUUGAACUUCGUAAUGAACGAGAAAUAUUGAAGAAAAAAAAUGCGAGCUCUAUUAAGGAAUUACGUGCUGAAGUACAAUAUUUGCGUAAACUUCAAUAUAGAAGCACACCCUCUUCAAAUAUAUCCGUAGACGACAAUUUAUCACCUGCUGUACUCUCUAGUGGUGCGCUAGGCCCAUCCACUUCAUCCCAAGCAUCAUCAGUUGCAUCCUUCAGUGAUUUGUGUCCAUUGGUCACUGACCACAAUGCUUCUUCAACUGCUACUGGUCAACAGAAGGAAUCUCAACAGACCUCAGUAUUGCAGUCAGUAGAUGAUACAAGUUGCGUACAACAACAAAUGGUUGAAAAAAUUGUGAAGUUGCAAAGACAGUUAGCCAGACGACAAGAUAAAAUAGAAUUUCUGGAAGAACAUGUUAGGCAGUGUACCCAAGAACUACUGAAAAAAUCGAAAAUUAUUCAGAAUUAUGCUCUGAGAGAAGAAGCAGCUUUGUUGUUACCAGAAACUGAUUUAAAUAAGAGACAUAAUGGUACUAACAAUGCUUCAUUGUCCUUAUUGGGAAAUUUGUUCACGACUAGUGUCGGUCGAAAAUCUGAGUUAGAGUUAACAGCAGAAGUUAAUUCACGAUUACAGGCUGUGCUAGAAGAUGUAUUGCACAAGAACAUCACACUAAAACAGAAUAUCGAUACUUUAAGUGAAGAGAUUUCUCGGCUCUCUCGCGAAAAUCGACAACUAUUGCUUUCUAAGGUUACAUGA